UCCUCCUGAUUCGGAGGAACGAACGCCACUAAUCGAAUUCUAUUCUUACCUCCCCAUCCCUCAUCACAUCGCAGCAAAAGUACGAACGCCUCGCUACCGGUUCGGUCCCCAUCGAGUCCUACCUCCACGAGCAUCUGGCCGAGCACCUGAACUCGGAGAUUGUGCUGCAAACCAUAACGGACCUGGCCAGUGCCAUGGACUGGAUCCGGUCAACCUUUCUCUACGUGCGGGCCCUGGCAGCACCCGCUCGCUACGGAUUGCCGCCCAAUUUGGACAAGGCGCAGAUCGAGAAAAAAUUGGAAGAACUUUGCCUCAACGAGCUCAACGCUCUGGAAAAGUAUUCCCUAAUUGUGAAAAACGCCAAAGAUCAAGGUGAUGACAGUGGAAUGAUGGUUAGUGCCACGCUCUACGGAAGGUUGAUGGCGCAGUACUGUUUGAACUUUCGAACCGUGAAACUAUUGCGGAAGAUCAAGGGCACCGAACCGCUGCUGGAGAUAUUCACCCUCCUGACCUAUUGCGACGAAUUCGCGGUCUUCAAGUGCCGCAACAGCGACAAGCGAACCCUCAACGAGUUGAACCGAUCUUCGACUCGCAGCACCAUCCGAUUCCCGUUGCGAGGUCGUAUCCAGAGUACCACGGCGAUGGCAUCCUGCCUGAUGCAAGCCGUAUUCGGCAACUUACCUAUUGAGGAUGGCUCCCUCCAGCAGGAAGCUACCAAGAUGAUCAAUAUUGGUCGGCGGCUGAUCAAGUGUAUGACGGAGUUCAUCUAUGUGGGUCAGGGAACUAUAGGUCAGGAUGGAGGAGGGGUCUAUCAGGCGCUGUUGAGCACGGUAGUGUUGAGUCAGUGUUUGGAAACUAAGCUGUGGGAAAAUUCUCCUUAUAUUACGAAACAGCUGAAGGGAAUCGGAGCGAUUUACGCCGGGCAGUUGGCUGCUCGUGGGAAAAUUUCGUUCCAAGAGCUGUUGGAUACUAAUCCCAGAGAGCUGGAAGUUAUCUUGAAGAAAAAUCCACCGUUUGGCAGUGACCUGAUUGCCUUUGUCCGUACGCUGCCAGUUUUCUCCAUCGAUCUAGUUUUGAAGAAAGACUACUUUCUAGAGGUAACCGUUAACCAGAAGAACGACUGCUACAAUAAGAAAUUAGCCGUCAAAAUUUCUAUUCUGGUUGGUGACUCAAAUAACAACGUUUUGUUUUUCAAAGAAAAUCUAGAUGCGAAUCCCGGUGGCAGCUGUUGGUAUCAGGAGUCGUUCAAGCUUUCGGAUGCUACUGUUGCGACUGCCACGGGGCAUGUGAUUUGUUCCAACUGGACUGGACUGGAUUGCUCCAAGUCGAUUGUUAUAAACAAAGAAGCUGCGAAUGCUUCAUCACAGAAACAGAGAUCACGGAAAGCGAAUAAUACUAAUGCGUCGAAGAAGAUCACAGAGUUCUACCGGAAAGAUGAUCCAACAUUGAAGAAUACGACUAGGCAAGUUGCUUCCAUCUCUGUAGGUGAUCGAAGAAUAGAACAGCUGGAUGAAGAAGUUGAAAUUUUACCGAUUGAAGAUACUCAGAACCUUAGUUUCCUGGACACAUUUCGUUUUACUCAGAAGCCGAAGUUGAGUAUCGAUAAGCAGAACGAAGACAGUUUACAAUUUGUCACAGCGUCCACUUUGAAAAAUAUCCCACAGAAUUCUAACAAUUCAGACGUCACCAUGAUCAAUCUAUCUGAACGUAUUGAUAGACCUACUUUACUCGAGGAUCUCACAUGUGGAACUCUAGAGAGUUUGAACAAGUCGCACUCUAGACAUCAGCUUAGGGCGCAUAGUUCGAAUGACUCCGGCUAUGAAUCAUAUGUUCCAUCUAACUCAGUUAACUCAACAAAUACCAUUUCUGAUUCAGCUUUCCCCGAUUACAAUCAUUUGACAUCGAACAAUGCAAAGGCAUCUCAUGGAAAUAGCUUUGGCUUCUUUGGAGCCUCUAUCGUAGAAAUUAGGCACAAACCUCAGAUUCCUGCUAUUCCGGGAUUCAAUCUAAACACGAUUAAUCCAUCUGAUGGUAUCGCCCCAGAGAAAUCCUUAUCAACGUUCCAAGCAGUCGCAACCCUGGAUAAAUCUCCUUUGGAAACCGCUUCCAAACGUCUGAAGCUGAACAACUCAAACUCCUCUCAGCUUCUGCAAGCUCCUUCUGUUCUCACGCAAAGCUCAGAUGAAACCGAAUCGGAUACGUCUCCAACCAACCCGAAAAAACUCAACUUCUUCAGCCAACCGGCUCGUUGCAGUGUGCUGAAUCCACCCGGUUCAACCCUACCCAAAUUGGCGCCCUGCAUCCCAAUUGGACCUCCCCGUUACAACCCGUCCAACCGUAUGCAGUACUUCAUGGAAAUGCAUCGCCGAGAUCCGUUCAUUCUGUUUGGACGACCGGCGGAUAUCCCGGCGCAGCAGGAACGACAGAAGAGUUCGUUGCGGAGGGUUUGUCUUUUUGGGGUGUUUUCGGAGAUGCCGAGGUAUCGAGGCGAGACUUCCGGUUCCGGAGGAGUAGCAGCGACAUCGGGGAAUGUUGCAAAUGAGCGGCAGGUGUUCCGGUCGAUGUAUAGUGUCGAUGGGGACAACAAUGGCGGUAGAUUCUACCGGAAGAACUACCAUCACGCAAGACAAGGACGACGGGAGCUGGAUUUAGGAAUCAACGAAUUCCUAUCUUCAACUUCAGAUCAGCAAGACGCCCAAAAGGAGAACUUCUUCAAGUAAGUUAUUUUCUGAAGGCCAUUAGUGCUGUAAAAGGAAAACGUGUGACAUUGUGCCUUCGGUCCUGUAACCAAAGAAGAGUUUCGGCCAUUGGGAUUUGGAUGACGAGAAGAUUGCGGAUGUUGCAGGCAAUUUGGUGAGUUUGUUCCAUUUUACCAUGGCAAAAGUUCCGCGGGCGGUUUUUUUUUCGCGUUUUUGAUUACGGAAUGCAUUUGCAUGGUCGGAAUCCAUUUUUAUUCAGUUCACGCGUUUUGGCAAGAUGCAAAAAAAAUCGACUUUGGGUAUAGUGUCAUUCGACUGUAUUGCUUGCUGGUAUCGUGAUCAAUCGUGUUCGUGUUCGAGGGCGGAAGACGUAAUCAAUGAUGGAUCAGUCGCUUGUCGCAAAGUUGGCCAUGCGUGCAUUUUUUUUAAUUUUUUUUUUAUUGCUCGGUUUAUGCGUUGUAGACAGCCGCUUGUUUAUUGUG